UUAAAAAAAAACAAACCGACUUGCAUGGUUGGUAGUUUGUUUACCUUAAUAAUUUGUCUGCCCUGAAUGUUUUGUAUGUAAUUAUAUUUCUCGAAACUUUAAAAGCUAUAAUAAUGUUUGUUUUUAAUAAAAAUAAUUCGACCGUUAAAUGAAAUGUCUUCUCUUAAUGAAAAAAAGUAUCUCCAAAAGAUUAAGAGUUUGCAACAAUCAAUAUUAUUUUUGCAGAAGGAGCAUAGUGAAACUCUAUCGGGUUUAUAUAAGGAGAUAUCAAAACUUCAAGAACAAUGUAGUGAUCUUAAUUUUCAACUUGUUCAACAGCAAGCACAAACAAAUGACGAAUCCAAUAAAAAUAUCACAGGACAAAGGAUUGAUGAAUCCAGUAAAAGUAUCAGGAGACAAGCAAAUGAUGAUUCCAGCACUAAUAUGCAAGUGCAAAUAUAUGAAUCUAGUUCGGCUCAUACCAAAUCAGUAAAAGAACAGGAAAAAUUUUCUGUUCAGCUUGAAUCUCCCGAUAAAAGAAUAAGUUUAUUAGAAGCUCAGUUGAAAAGCAAAGAACAAAAGUUUAGUUGUGACUUACAAAACGCACAAAGAAUUAUUGCGUCACUGCAGGUUGAACUUGAAAAUAAGUCAUCAUCGAUAGCUUAUUUAACGACUCAACUUAAUAAGUUUAUGAAUCUUCAAGGUAAUAAUGUUGAGUUUUCCAAACCUACGGUAUGCCCCUCUCCACCUCUUGCGACCCCAAUUCGAAGACGUAGUUCGCGUAAUAAAGUUUUGUCCCCCUCAGCUAGCCUUGAUGGUUUUAUUCACGAACAUUAUUCUCAGGAAAUAGUUACAGAUUACGUGCUGCAAAAUUCUUUACCUAAAAAUAAUAGGGUAAAAUUGUCUUCGAGUUUAAUAUCUAAACAUUCCAUUGACGAUUUGCCAUCAUGGCAUUAUCAGAAAUUAUCUAGUAAACCAAGACCAUCAGAUUAUGAAGAUUUUAUAUCAAUAAAUCAACCUAAUGUUGUCAUAAGCAAAUCAAACAUUCAACCCCUGCCACCAAUCACAACUCGUAGCGGGAAAAAGCUUAUUGAACCAACAACUAAUGCCAAAAAAGUUCUUCGAAAUCGACCAAAAGCUACUGCAAGUGCAUGCGGAGAGGUUGAGCAAAUAAUUAAAUACAAUCUUGCAGAGAAAUCUUGUAGAAAUGCAAAAAAUUCUUUAAUGAAACACUAGCUCAUAUUUUUUAAAUAAGAAUAUUUUAUUGAAAUAUGUUUGUAUAAAAUUUAAUAUAUAUUAUUGGC